AUGUCGAAACCGGAUGACAAUGAUGAAAACUGGAGUACAACUAUGGACAAUCUAUGUUCACAAUUAAACGUAGAUCCUGUUGCUACAGAAAAAUCAAAGGAAUCAUUUGCGGAAAUAAAACAAAAUUUUACAUUAGAUGGAGACGCUUUACAUUGGAUGGCGUGUGCCUUAUAUGUGGCAUGUCGUACAUCUAUCACCCCAACUGUAGAAACUGGAAAAGCUGUGAAAGGAAAUUGUGUCAGUUUAACUAGAUUGUUAAGAUUAUGUAAUAUAAGUUUAAUUCAAUUUUUUACAAAAAUCAAGAAUUGGAUGGAUAUGACAUUGAUGCCAGCUGAUUUUAAAGACAAAAUCAGUAGAUUAGAACAUAAGUUUGCUGUUUCUACAAUUUUGUUUAGAAAAUUCCAACCUUUGUUUCAAGAAAUUUUUACUGGACUCAACAAUGAACCUGUUAAAACAAAGAGUAGCAAAAAGCAGAAGCAACAACUAUGCAACACCAAUGCUUUAUUCAACUUAACUUGGUGCCUUUAUAUCAGUGUCAAGGGCGAGUUUCACAACUCAGCUGAUGAUCUGGUAGACAUGUACCAUUUAUUGUUGUCAUGUCUGGACUUCAUGUUUGCCAAUGCGUUUAUGGCGGACAGAAGAGAUCUCAUAAAUCCAAGUUUUAAGGGUUUGCCGAGUGACUGGCAAGAAGAUGACUAUGUGGUACCAAAUAAAGCACCAUGUGUAAUAUCUGUGCUCUGCGAAUUGAAAGAUGGACUCGCUGUACAAGCCAGUACAAUGAAAGAUUACAGUUGGAAUCGUGUUGUUAAAUCCUUUUUUGAGAAAGGAAUUUUGAAAGGAGACAGUGAAAAAAUGCUGGGAGUGUUAGAUAUUGGAAACUUCGAUGUAAAUGUUAAAUCAUUGAACAAUUUAUAUGAAACUUAUGUACUCAGUGUUGGAGAAUUUGAUGAGAGGAUAUUUUUGGGCGAACAUGCCCAUGAGCAAAUUGGGACCAAGAAGGUUUCUGAUAACGAGAUAUCACAAGUUAUUGCCAACUUUGGCCCAAGCGCCAAAACGUGUCCGGACACACCGCUAACUGGCCGUCGUUACUUGGGCAGAAGGGCUGAAGAACUUACCCCGGUGUCAGAAGCAAAUAACAGUUUGGCUCGCCUCGCUGCUUUUCUUAGGCAGUCGAAGCCGCAACCCUCCACUUGUAUGAUGAGGCUAUUUUCAGAAUAUGGAGUCAGCGAUGAAAUGAUAACCAAGAAAGUAAUAGUACCCUGCAACAUAUGGAUGGAUCAGUUUGCGGAGAGUCUUAAGGAAUCAAAUUGCAGUGCAGAGACGAUCGCCUAUAGAUGCAAUAUGGUCACUUGCCUCUACUAUAAGGUCUUUGAACAUAUAAUCCGAGAAGAGCAUAGAAAGAAGCCACAAGUAUCCUUACAGAUGCUGUUAUCACAAGAGACCUAUCAGCUGACGGUGUACGCUUGUUGUACUGAAGUGGUACUCCAUUCAUAUGGAGUGCAUUCUCUGAGGUUCCCCCGGGUCUUACAGAUAUAUGGACUUAGUGCGUUCCACUUCUACAAGAUCAUUGAGCUGGUCGUUAAGACGGUGGUCGACAAGCUGAGUAGAGACGUUAUAAAGCAUCUGAAUGCUGUUGAAGAACAAGUACUAGAGUCAUUAGUGUGGACGUCAGAUAGUCCACUAUGGGAUCAAAUAGCUAAGAUUCCAGUUCCACCAUCUUGUAAAGUUACGAUACCAGAAUCUCCUCUUCGGCGUAGUGGUCUUCAAUCUCCCGUGUCAGCGGUGAUAGAUAGAUACCUUACGCCGAUGGCAGACCAAGCAAAGAAGCAACUAUUCAAAGAUACCGUCAAGCCAGGCCAAUCGUUAUUAGUACAAGCGAAUCCAACACAAGAGGCAGCUAGUCCAGCUACAGUUAACACCGCUAGCAAUGAGACCACACCCAAUACAACGCCCAAGAAAACAAAUAAUUCGCUCAUAUUGUUCUUUAGAAAGUUUUACAGCCUAGCGGUAGUCCGUAUGAACGACUUGUGCACCCGGCUGCGUCUCACCGACGACGAGCUGAAAAGAAAGAUUUGGACCUGUCUAGAAUAUUCCAUCAUGCAUCAGACCCAGCUGAUGAAGGACAGGCAUCUGGACCAGAUUUUGAUGUGCGCCGUCUAUGUUAUAUGUAAGGUGUCAAAUAGUGCUAGUAACCAAGUGGAGAGAACGUUUGCUGAUAUAAUGAGGUGCUAUCGGGCGCGUCCGCUGGCUGAUAACCAUGUCUACCGUUCUGUUCUUAUCAGUCACGGAGACAAAGGUUCAGAAAGAGGGGAUCUAAUCAAUUUCUACAACAGAGUGUAUGUGCAGUGUAUGCAGAACUUUGCGCUUCGGUUCACUGGUAGGAAUAGAGACGAGUGCAGUCUCUCCCCGUUGCCCGCGGGUCGGGGGGACGCAACAUACUCGCCGGGGGGUCAGCGGGUCUCGUGCACUCACCAGCUGUACGUGAAACCUCUGACUGCCUCACCCCCACCGCCCCGCAAGCACCAUCUCACCUAUCGCUUCAGUCGCAGUCCAGCCAAGGACUUGCACGCGAUAAAUACACUGGUGUCCUCCGAGGUGGGGGGGCCUCGUCAGCGACCGACAGGCCCUAUGAGAUUGGUCUACAACAGUGCAUUGAUUGAUGUCAACGGAAAUGUAACAAUCUAA